AUGACUGCAGAAGCAGAGGAGGGGACCCCGGAGCUCCAGAUCCCCCUGCAACCGCGGGCCGUCGUGUUCACAUCGUCACCUUCCUCAGUGUUUAUGUACAGAAAGCCGGAUAGAAUCGACGAAGGCCUAUACCUCGGGAGCCUCAACUCCGCCUCAAACAGAGAAGCGCUGCUUGAGCUGGGCAUAAAGAGCAUUGUGACUGUAGCGAACGACACGGGUGCGCCUCCGUUCCCCGACACCUUCUCAUACACGAUGGUGCACGUGGCUGAUGCCAUGCACGUGGACUUAGCUGCUCAUUUCGAGGGGUGCUUUGAAGCCAUUGAGGAGGGCAGGAGAGCGGGAGGAGUUCUGGUGCACUGUCUAGCAGGCAUGUCGCGCAGUGCAACAAUAGUGAUUGCAUAUAUGAUGAAGACCAAGGGGUGGGACCUUAGAACAGCCCUAUCCCAUGUGCGGCAGUGCCGACCAAUAGUGCAGCCCAACAUUGGGUUUUUGCGGCAAUUACAGGAAUACGAAGUGACGUUGAAACAUACUGGGAAGCAUAAAGGCAUGUUUGCAAGAUGGUUUUCAUAG